GACUGGUUUCUGCCCCACAUAUCUCAAAAAAAAAAAAACUCGUCUUUGUUGCUGGCCAACAAAGAUUUUGAUCACCUUUGCGUCCCUGAUCUUCACAUUGUCAUUUGCUUGCUUGCUACGCCUCACUGCAUUAUGCACUUGAAGUUCCUAACCCUGGGUCUUGCCGCCUGUGUUACAAAUGCUAUUCCUGUAGCCAACACAGCUGAUAAUAUUUCAACUUCUAAUAUCACCAAUGGAUCACUGGUAUCCGGUGGCAAGCCCACGAUCCAUUGGUCCUUCGAUAAUGUCGCAAAGGCCAAAAACGAUGAUUCACAGCAUGAACUAGAGAAUCUGAUCAAUGCUCUAUUGCAAGAUUUUGGAUUGCCUGAACGGAUCCCAGACAGUGCAGAGUUUGUUGGUAGUCGCGAUUUCAUCAAAAUCAAAAUCCCAUUGACCAUAGAUGUCUCCCGCCUAACAUGUCCAUGCCUUGGAACGUUGGUCUUUGAUGAAAAACACCACAGGGGGUCACUAAGAAUCGUAGAGGAUAGACCACACUGGGAGCAUCCUGCCACUGACAAGAUAUUAGUAAGAUACUCCCAGUUCAGUUUCGACGCAUAUCACGUGCUGGUCACAGCUGUGACCCCGCCAAAAAUCUCAAGGUGCAACGAAUUGGUCUUUCGAGUAGUUUUCAUUUGAGUUAUGCAAAAAUUAAAACACGGGCACUGUUAACCUACUGCUUAAAGACAAUAUCAGAU